AUGGAUUGUAAGAAAGGUGGCUUUGAUUCAAAUCCCAACAAUGAAGUUCGCGAUCUCGAAGCAACCGUGUUAUCAGAGGUCUGCAAAGAUGUUUCUAUUGAACCUUUAUUACAACCAUUGACAAGUAAACACUACCGGCACAGAACGGCAAACACCGAUGAUAAUGCGAGGGUGGAUGUGAAGGCAAGAGGAUUCUGGAGAAAGGGGACAAACUGCUUUUUUUAUGUUCGCGUCACGAAUGUUAAUGCCCAAUCUCACAGAAACCUCACGAAACACAAAGCGCUAAAGAACCCGACUCGCUGA